AUGGGGGUUCUCGACAAGGCGGCGUCAGCGUUCCUUUCAGUGGUACACGUGCUUUCAUUGCUCAGGCCUGGCGGUAAAAGACAGAGCGGCGAGACAAAACUCACUGUAACUGUCCAUGAGGGCAAAGUUGGUCGCAAGAGCCAGGGCAAGUAUCUAGUGACAAUGCGCCAUGGCAAGGAAAAAAUACAAACCGCUAAGAAAAAGUCCGAUGCGCUGAUCUGGGAGCAUUCGACGAAGUUCGUGCCAUGGUCGCCAACAGACAAACUGGUUCUGAAACUUCGUAAGGCGAAGCGCUGCAAAGACACCACAGUUGGUGAGCUCUCCAUCGAUGUUGCAGCCGCACUAGAGUCAGCGGACGGUUUACCACAGAAGUGGUGGUACAUCAUGGACCGACCCAGCAAAGGCGGGCGGAGGAAUGAGGAAGUGUUCUUACAAGUGUCCAUUACUCUCGACGGCACGGAGGACAAUACAAAAACAAAUUCAUACGACAUUGUAUCGUUUUAUUCAGUCUCAGACAAGUCACCAGAGGGGACCGUUGAGGCAUCAGUACCAAAGGAGCUGGAGACUCUGUCGGAGCUGCAGAAUCACCAGGUCAAGGAGGUGGCAGUUUCUCAGGAAAAAGAAGCGGACACGCUCCCAGACAACAGCGGCAACACAUCAACUGUCGUCGGCGACAUCGCAGACGUCAAGCAUGACUCUUCGGACUCAGUCUCAACUUCAGACACAGCCUCAACUUCAGACACAGCGGAUGAGUUUGCGGCUAACGAAGACAGGGACGUCCCACCAAACGACGCGUACCGUUCCUCUGGUAACACGGACGUGACGCCCCUUCAAGUGUCCGGUACUGCCGAAGGUCCGGAGAGUGGGAGUGAGCUGCCAAAGGGUCAAGACCCAGCCAAGACUUCUGAGGAGACAGUCAAGACGGAGCUGCAAGAGAAACCAGAGCUGGAGAAUGACAAGAUCAAUGUUAGCCAGGAAAAAGAGCCGGACGCGCCAUCGGACAACAGCGCCAGCGGCAAGGACAGCUCACCACCAGCCGCUGCCGGCGACGCCGCAGACGCCAAAGCAGCGUUAUCAACAAGCUCGGCAUCCGGCCUACCAGCCACAGCUCCAGAUACAGCAGACAAACGCCCUGCUGUCGGAGAAGGCGAUGUCCAAGAGCGCCAUCCUUCAGUUGUCCGUGGAGAACAGACGGAAGCACCCGACAACAGCGGCGCGGAUACAGACACAGACAGUCAGACGACAACGUCUACUGAAGGAGGAGGAGCGUCUCUUACAACAACAACCCCAUCGCCCAAACACAAGGACGCAGAAGAUCCUCAGUACCAAGAGGUCAUGUCGUCAGUCGACAAGCUGUAGGCAGAGCUCCAUCUUAAGAGAGACUAUGCGGAAAAGCUUCUCGCUCAUGCCGACUCCCUUCGAUCCAGACUCGCCACUACCGUCCCGCAUGUUCUCCAGUACCCAGUUAUCAAGAACAUUAUCGCUGCCGUGCCCGAUCGCACAUCUUGCGAGUUACCCGAAACACAAGGACUAAGUUUGAGGGAGUUACAAGACAUCCAGAAGACCCUCACCAAGUCGGUACAAGAUGAGAAGGAACGCGCGACCUACAUCAAGCGCUGGUACUGGGAAGAACUGGUCCGCGUGGCUCUGAAAGAAGCGCCUGGAGUAUUUGGGCCAGAGGACUGAUGUGACAUUCUUAUACUUAGUUGUGAUAUGCAUUUUUCUGCAUUCGUUAAAUGCAUCAUCGAAGUUUGAAAAA